AUGUCCAUAUCUCCCACCUCAACCGCAGCCGCGGCCGCUGCAGGGCCGAUCAUCAAAGUCCCCCACCGCUUCCUAUUCAUCGCCUCCAUAGGGAAUCGAUUCCCCCAGCAUUAUCGCCAAACCCGCCACAGCGCCGGCCACAGCCUCCUGGAUGCACUUGUCCCGCUCCUGCGGGCGCGGAUCCCCCAUACGGGCCGCGGGGGCGCGCGGCCCUACUUCUACGAAACCUUCGAGUCCCCCGCGAUGAUGAACGUCUCCGGCGGGAAAGUCGUGCCGGCUCUUAACACCUGGAUGAGGAAGUUCCCCAGCGCCGGGAUCAACCACCAGCAGCUCGCCGAGCGCGGAGAGCUGACGAUCCCGUUUGAGUUCCUGCCCACCACCACCACCGGCACCGGGCGAGGACAUCAGCCCGAGUGGGAGCGCCGGGGCACCGAUCCGCGCAAUGUACGCGACUUCAAACCGACCUUGGUGAUCCUCCAUGAUGAGCUGGAGGCGCCGCUGGGGAAAGUCAAGGUCCGCCGCGGGGGUCCGAAUGAGGCCAGUCUGCGGGGCCACAACGGCCUCCAGAACAUCUUCGACGUCCUGCGCUCGAAGAAACACUACCCAGUCAAGUCGGCGACAAGCCCGCGAGUGAUGCGCGUGGGAGUGGGCAUCGGUCGCCCCAAGGAGAGAACGUCCGAGGCCGUCUCGAAAUAUGUCCUCGGCAAGAUGUCUCAGACGGAGUUGGAUGCCAUUGCCGCCGCAGCGGGUCGCGUCAUGGAUCUUCUGGCCGACGAGUUCUAUCGGUCGGACGAUGAGCUCAAGUGA